AUGGUAGCUAAGAUGGCUAUUAAAAAGCAUUUGAAGUUUGAAGAUGGCGAUGAGGAGCUGGUUAAGACAGAACCCGCCCACGAGGUUACGCAUAGUAAGCAGGAACAUGUUGAUGAUGAUUUAGAAUCAAGUGAUGAUGAUGAGGCACCAGAAGAAGAGGGGCUAAGUGUGGCAAAAAAUAGUGUCGAAGACAGUUAUAAAAAGCAGCAAAUUGCGCUUAAAGUUGAGAGAGAACAGCUGAAAGAGAAGAGGAAAAGGCAGAAUCAGAGGUUUGCAGAGCAGCAAGAGUUGAAAAGGCAAAAACAUGAGGAGGACAAAAAGCAUAGUCUUCUGAUGUUGGAAGAGGAGUUGAAGGAGAACGUGGAGGAGCUUAAUGAAGAAUUUUUUGACGAGCUGGAAUCACAGCCGCAGAAAGUAAGUGUGAUACCGACUAAAAUCAAUUUUAAUGACAUUGAUGAGAGCUAUACCGAAGAUGUGAGGACUGAGCUUAAGAAGCAAAAACGCAAGACUUUGAAAUCGAUCAGGAAAACUACCGUUAAGAGAGGACCGGUUCAGGUUAGUCUAUUGUCCUCACUGAAGGAAAGGCAGACUCUGGCACCCAAGAAGGAAGAUAAAGUGCUUAAGGUAAAGGAUAAAUGGUUGCGCAGGAGAUCAAUCAACCGAAAAUAG